UGUUCAUCUCAGACGGAGAAGUGAUGGCGGACGUCAUGAAUGUUGGAGUGAAUUUAGAAGCUUUUUCUCAAGCGAUUAAUGCCAUCCAGGCUCUUCGAUCGAGUGUAACCAGGGUGUUCGAUUCUCUUAAAGAUGGGAUGAAGAAUAAGGAGACCCUUGAAGGGCGGGAGAAAGUCUUUAUAACGGAAUUCCAAGAUAAUUUACAGUCAGUGAAUCGCGAUUUAAAUGAAUUGGAGCGUCUCAGCACUUUGGUUGGCAGGCCGUCAGAGAGUCACCCCUUACACAACAGUGGACUGCUCAGUUUAGACCCCGUACAGGACAAAACUCCUCUGUACAGCCAGCUGCUCCAGGCUUACAAAUGGUCCAAUAAAUUGCAGUACCAUGCAGGUCUGGCCUCCAGUCUUCUAAACCAACAGUCACUCAAACGCUCAGCCAAUCAGAUGGGAACAUCUGCCAAAAGAAGACCCAAAGUCCAGCCCAGCACCCUUGUCCUUCCAACACAAUAUGUGGAUGAUGUCAUAUCCAGAAUUGGACGGAUGUUUCCAGAUAUGUCAAUCGAGCUUUUCCGGCCAAAUGGGACAUCAGCAGUUCUUUUGGUCACACUGGGGAAGGUUUUGAAAGCCAUCGUGGUUAUGAGGAGCCUUUUUAUUGACCGCACUAUUGUCCGAGGUUUUCAUGAGAACAUAUACUCUGAGGAUGGAAAGCUGGACAUCUGGUCAAAGUCCAACUAUCAAGCAUUUCAAAAGGUCACUGAUCAUGCAACCACAGCCCUCCUGCAUUACCAGCUCCCCCAGAUGCCCGAUGUUGUAGUUCGCUCCUUCAUGACCUGGUUGAGGAGCUACAUCAAGCUUUUCCAGAACCCGUGUCAACGCUGUGGCAAGUUCCUGCAGGAGGGCCUUCCUCCAACAUGGAGGGACUUCCGAACUCUGGAGGCCUUCCAUGACACCUGCCGGCAGUGACGCUGUCCUGGGGCACACAGGAUUUUGGCUCGAAAAACUCAAAGAAUCCGUUUCUAGCAGUGUUUUGCAGAUAGCUGUGCUGUGGAUAGUUUUAUAUUCAUCAUGAAGACCCGCUGCUGUUGAGAGAUUUUCCUGCCUUUUGAUUUCCACAGCUUUGCUCCUCCCUCUUUUAGAAGAACAUCAUUCUUCAGAUAGACAUCACAAUGUUUUUUACUCACAUUUGUAAAUAGAAUAUGUUAAAUGCUGGUGUGUUUCAGAAUGUAAAUGGCUAGAAGGCUAUCUACCACAAGCUGGUCAUAAUCUUUAAUGUUAUAU